GAUAGCACCGACUGGAUCUUCCGCGGGUGCGAUGGCUGGCGUGGGUUCCUCUACGGCUCGGCUUCCCGCGUCCUCCUCUUCCUCUUCACCUCCUCCUCCUCAGCGACUUCCCAGGCGGAAAAGCCGACUCUGGGGCCCCAGCGAGGUCCUGUGCAGCGGGUGUGGAAGGAGCUCCGUGGCCGCGGCGGGUCACCAUCAUGAGCUUCAGUGUGGACAUGCUUAUUGUGAAUUGUGCUUGUUGAUAACUGAAGAAUGUAGCACAGUUGUGUGCCCUGAUUGUGAGGCACUUACAACUAUAAAUAGAAGACAAGGAUACUACCCUUUACAUGGAUAUGUUGAAGAAGAUGCUUAUGAAGAAAAAUUUCAGCCUAAAAAGUUAAGGAAUUGUUCUCAGGAUUUCAAGAAGACAGCUGGUCAGCAGAUUGUUGGUUUAGAAAAUUCAUCUACUCUACACAGGCCUAUUGUAAACCCAUCAGCAGUUGUAACAGAAACUAAAACGACACAAGAAAUUGAUGAAGCUUUGAAAAUAGCUGGUUAUAAUUUUGAACAAUUAAGUGGCGCAGAAAAGAUGCUAGAAAGCCUAGAAAAUCAAGCAAAACAAGAGACAGACCGCCUUCUAGAAGUUCUUGAGGAAAAAUUUCAUCAGCUUUUUACUUCACUCAAGUCAAGGAAAAGAAGUCUAUAUGAAGAAGUUGUAAGAAAUACAGAGGACUGUUUAGGUGAUAUCAUAAUGGCCAAAAAAUACAUUGAAGGGAAAAAAAAUGAUUUGGAUGCAGCUAUGAGAAUAGCAAGAGAAUUGAAAGUGGCACCUUCCCUAAGAACAUAUUGUGAUUUGAAUCAGAUUAUCCGCACUUUGAAGUUGGCAUUUGAGAGUGAAUUGUCAGAAGUGAGUUCUCUGAAAUUCAGAAGCUCUCUCAGGUUGAAUAUGAAUUGUAAUGAAAUUAUCUCUAUGUUUAAAAAUGUGGGGAAGAUUGAAUUUGAAGAAAUUUCAAAAUUUCAUUCUGAAGACAAUGAAGGCACUGGACUGAAUGUUCAUAAGCAUACUAAUAAGAAGGAAUCUUCAAAUUGUGAUGCGUACCUCUCUGUAGAAAAGAAUAAGUUUGAAAUUUCUACAACAGAUGAAGCACAGCCCCUUGUGCAGCAUGAGACUGGUGAUGCACACUUAGAAACAAAGACUACCCAGCACCAGGAUGAGAAAGUGUCCAUGUCCUCCCCUAAAACUGUUGCUGUUUUACCGCAAAUGGGAUCUAGCCCUGAUGUGAUCAUUGAAGAAAUUAUUGAGGAGGAUCAAGAAAGUUCUCUAGAACUAGUUUUUGUGAGCCAUGUAAUACAUCCUUGCCAUUUUUAUAUUCGGAAGUAUUCACAAAGAAAAAACGCAACAAUAUUGGAAAAGAAGUUGAAUCAUUUUUGCAACAAGAGUCUAUACCUCAGUCCUUCAGAUAUUUUGGAGAUAGGUGCAAAGAUAUUUGUCAACAGUAUAGAAAAUGGAAUGUGGUGCCGUGGAACUAUCACUGAACUAAUUCCUAUUGAAAAUAAACAUGUGGGGAAGCCCUGUGAUCCUACUAAAUACCCAAUCUGUGAUAUUGCACUGAUGCGAGUUUUCAUGAUAGACUUUGGGAAUUCUGAAGUCUUAGCCGUUUCAGGGAUUGGUGAUGGCCACAUGGUUAGACCAGGACACAGUGCUCUACAACAUUUAUUGGUAAAUGAUCUAUGUCUUGUUAUAAGAAAGCCUGAUUCAUAUAUUGAAGCACUACUAGGAGAUCUCCAUCCAUUAGCAUUGCCAUGCUCGUUAAAGGAUAUUGUUCCACAGAAUUCGAAUGAAGGCUGGGGAGAAGAAGCUAAAAUGGAAUUUUUAAAAAUGGUAAACAACAAAGCUGUUCUAAUGAAAGUCUUUAGAGAAGAAGAUGGUGUGCUUAUUGUAGAUCUCAAGAAACCUCCAGCAAAUAAAAUAAGCAGUGAUAUGCCAGUAUCUCUUAGAGAUGCAUUAGUUUUUAUGGAAUUAGCAAGGUUUAGGUCACAGUCACCCAGUAUUCCACCUGAAAAGAAUAUGACUUUAAGAUACCAUCCACCUGUAUUACCAAAAGAAUUGUCAAAUGUAUCAGUUGUGGUUUGUCAUAUAAAUAAUCCUUCUGAUUUUUAUCUUCAAUUGAUAGAAAGCCUGGACUUUUUAGUUCUCCUGAAGAAAAUUGAGGAAGUCUAUAAAAAUGAAGAUGGAGAAAAUCUGGAAAUCCUUUGUCCAAUUCAAGGUCAAGCUUGUAUAGCUAAAUUUGAAGAUGGAGUCUGGUACCGGGCACAAGUCAUUGGUUUACCAGGCCAUCAAGAAGUUGAAGUUAAAUAUGUUGACUUUGGUAAUGCUGCAACAGUAACACUUAAAGAGAUGCGUAAAGUGAAAGAUGAGUUUUUGAGUCCCCCAGAAAAGGCAAUUAAAUGCAAAUUGGCACAUAUUGAACCUUCAAAAAAAAACAAGCAAUGGUGUAAAGAAGCAAAUGAAAAGUUUGAAGAAAUGACACAUGAUAAAUUUAUGACAUGUUCAGUUAUUAAAAAUUUGGAAGACAAUGUGCUAUCUGUUGAGCUAUUUGAUUCUAUCAGUUCUCCUGGAAUGAUACCAAACAGUGUUAAUAGCCAGCUAGUUAAAGAAGGGUUAGCAUCUUAUGAGCUAGGAUUUACCCUAAAAGAUAAUUGUAAAAAGUAUGAUGAAGUGUGGGAUCCUUCUCCUGAAGAAAUAAUUUCAACUGAAACAAAUAACUCAAAUUCUUUUGGUUACAAAACUUCUGGAGGAUCAGGAUAUACAAUUACUUCAUAACAAGGGGAAAUUCCUGUGCAGAUCUCUAAUGUUGUGUCUCCAGAGAAGAUUUAUGUGGCAACAGCUGUCACUAAAUAUGUUAACCUUAUAUAUAGUUUACAGGAAAAGAUGACAACAGCUUAUGAAAACUCAAAAUGUGAGCCAGUUAUGUGGGAAAUUAAUAAGUAUUGUGCUGUUCAGAUGGCUGAGAUAAAACAGUGGCGAAGAGGCCAGAUCAUCAAGAUAAUUUCAGCAACAUUGGUAGAGGUCAUGCUUUAUGACUUUGGUAUUAAAGUAACAGUAAAUGUUGACUGCCUAAGAAAACUUGAAGAAAAUCUGAAGACAACAAGAAGACUAGCUUUGGAAUGUUCUCUUGUUGAUAUAAGACCAACUGGUGGAAGUGACAAGUGGACAGCAACAGCUUGUGACUGUCUUUCAUUUUACCUCACUGGAGCUGUAGCAUCUAUAAUCAUACAGGAAAACCAAACAACAUGGCCACUGCCUGUGAAAAUUUUAUGCAGAGAUGAAAAAGGACAAUGUAUUGAUAUUUCUAACUAUCUGAUUAAAAAGGGUUUGGCUUUGAGGAAAAGAAGAGUUGACAAAAUUAAUAAAAGUGAUUCACUCUCUGAGAAGAUUCUUGACAUCCCUAUGGAACAAGAGAGUCUGGGAUUGGCUAAGUAUACCACAUCUCCUUUUGAACCCAACAAGGUUAAUGUUAUUAUCAGUGAACACAAGGUAUCUGACAUAAAGAAGACAGUGCUUGACCCAAGAACCGGGGGAUGUUACAAACCACCAGUUAUUCCUAACAUGAAAGUAUUUGAGGCAGUAGUAAGCUGCAUUGGUGAUGAUGGAACUAUAUAUGUGGUACCAAAAUCAUCAGAACUUGAGCUCAGAAAAUUGAUGGAUGAAAUUCAGAGUAACUUUAAGUGUCUGGGUCUUUUGGAGCCAUAUUGCUGGAAAAAAGGAGAACCUUGUGCAGUAAGAGGAUCAGAUACUGUGUGGUAUCGAGGUAAAGUUAUGGAAGUUGUUGGUGGAACUAUCAGGGUACAAUAUUUAGACCAUGGAUAUACUGAGAAGAUCCCACAGUGUCAUCUUUACCCAAUUGUAUUAUAUGCCGAUAGACCCCAGUUUUGUAUUCCAUGUGAGCUGUAUAAUACUGUGCCUAUUGGAAAUUCCUGGCAGCCAGAUGCAGUAGAACUCCUUCAAGAACUACUACCGAAAAGAGAGGUGGAAAUUCAUAACAUGGAAAUACCCAAAAACCCAUGGGGGAAAUUAUCUGUUCAUCUCUAUUUUGAUGGAAUGUCACUUUCUUAUUUUAUGGCACACCAUAAACAUUGUAUAUUUGAAGGUUCUGAGGAAAUACUGAAAGAGAAGCCAAAGGAUCACAGUGAAAAGUAUGAAGAAGAAAACUGGGAAAUAAAUUUUAAGGAAUUGCUUCGGUCUGAUAUGGAAACUCCUGUUUUACCACCAUAUUUAUCACCAUCUCUUCCUCCUCCAGGAGAACUUUAUCCCGUCCAAGUGAAACAUGUUGUUUCACCUAAUGAGGUAUAUAUCUGCCUUGAUCUAACAGAAAACUUCAACCAUCAAAAUGACACAAUUGACACUGGAGUCAGCUGGAAGUCUGAACCAAAGAGCCUAGAUGAAGUACUACAGAGUUGUAAUCAAAACGUGGAUUCUCUCCCUUCACUGACAGAUUUUAGAUCAGAAAUGCCUUGUCUUGCAGAAUAUAAUGAUGGUUUAUGGUAUCGAGCAAAGAUUCUUUCCAUCAAAGAAUUUGAUCCUCUUGCAAUCCUGGUACAGUUUGUUGAUUAUGGAUCAACUGAAAAAUUGCCAACAAGCAGACUGCGUCAAAUUCCUAUCCACCUUAUGAAAUAUCCUGCCCGGGCUGUGAAAGUCCUUUUGGCUGGAUUUAAACCUCCAUUAAAAGAUUCAGAAAAGACAAGAAUUCCAUAUUGCCCCAAGUGGAGCAUGGAAGCCAUGUGGGCUAUGAUAGACUGUCUUCAAGGAAAACAGCUUUAUGCUUCCUCAUUGACUCAGUCACCAGAAUAUAUAGUGACUUUAUAUGAAGAUGAACAAUAUCCAGUUCAUAUGUCAUUGAUAGAAAUGGGACUUGCGGAUUUAGAUGAAUGAUGUGUAUCUAUAUUACAUGAUGAACACAUGUGGCAGUCCAGAAGAAACAUUUUAGUUCUAUUUAGAGUAGUUCAGGAUUAUUUGUUUUGUUUUUCAACAUAAUUUUCAUAUGCUGCCAUCAUCUCUGUUGGAUUUGU